AUGAGAGUGCUGGUGUGGAAUUGUCAAGGAGUGGGGAGCCCCUUGACAAUUCCCCAGUUGAGAGAGGUGAACAACCUCUCCUCUCCAAGUAUGGUGUUUUUGUCUGAAACUAAGAAUAGGAGUAAUUAUAUGGGAAAAGUUAAAAACAUUUUGAAGUUUGAUGAGAUACAAGUUGUCGAGUCUAUGAAUAAGGCUGGAGGGAUUUACGCAAGCUGUGAUGAUCAAACUCGGAAACAACAAUGGAAAGUAAUCCAAUCCAGGAAGCAUCUUUGGGGUGAUAAAUGGCUAAUAGCAGGGGACUUUAAUGACAUUGUUUCAAAUGCUGAAAAGUGGGGAGGGAAUAGGAGGGAAGAAGGUAGUUUCAAGCCCUUUAAAGACUUCAUCAACGAUAAUCAGCUCCUGGAGAUUGGAUUCGAGGGACACCCAUGGACUUGGUGCAACAAUUGGGAAGGGGAAGGUGAGAUCAAACAGCAGAUGGAUAGAGGCUUGUGUAGCUUUCCGUGGUAUCAACUCUUUCAGCAAGCCAGCUGCCAACAUUGUGAUUCCUAUGCUUCAGACCACAGCAUACUGCUCUUUGACACUAAACCUACCCAAGCUAGGAGGAAGAAAAGGUUCUACUUUGAUAAAAGAUGGUUGCAACACCAAGAGAUUUAUGAGGUUGUGGAACAGGCUUGGAGGCAAGGAAAUGAUGGUUCCAGGAUGUAUAAAGUAACCCAGAAGAUCAAAUUGUGUAGAACAGCUUUAUUAAAGUGGAGAAAUAAGGUUCAAGGAAAUUCAAAGCUUAAGAUUGAUAGGAUCAAGGGUCAGUUGCAGGAGCUCAAAGAAUGUGAUAUAAGUGAUAAGAAGGAGCGGGGAAAAAUUCUCAAAAGCAGCUUAAGAGAGGCUUACAGACAGGAAGAAAUAUAUUGGAGCCAAAAAGCUAGGCUGCAAUGGCUGAAGGAAGGGGAUAAAAAUACCAAGUUCUUCCAUGCGUGUGUCAAAGAUAGAAGGAGGUUGAACAGAAUGAAGCAUAUCCAGAGGGAGAAUGGGAGCUGGGCUACAAACGAAGAGGACCUAGGCACGGAAAUUGCAGCUUAUUAUACUAAGCUCUUCGAAGCUUCAGAAGAAGGUGACAUGCAGGAAAUGUUAAAUGGUAUACCACACACUAUCACAGGGACUAUGAAUGACAAACUUACGAAACCUGUAGGGCAUCUCAUUAAGUCAGUCAAUCACACAAUCAUAUCCCUCAUUCCCAAAGUCAAAAAUCCUACAUCUCUUAAGCAGUACAGACCAAUCAGCCUCUGCUCUACGGUGUAUAAAAUCAUAGCCAAAAUUCUCGCUAAUAGACUCAAGCAGGUUCUCCACCACUGCAUUAGUAAAAAUCAGUCAGCUUUCAUUCCUCGAAGACAAAUUCUUGAUAAUAUCAUGCUCUCUCAUGAGUUCAUUCAUUAUCUUAAUAACAAAAGGCUAGGCAAAGAUGGGUUUAUGGCUGUGAAAUUAGAUAUGUCUAAGGCUUAUGACAGAGUUGAAUGGAGGUUUUUGGAUGCUGUGAUGAACAAAAUGGGAUUCAAUGACCGUUGGAGGAGGUGGAUCAUGGAGUGCAUGUCAACAGUCAAUUACUCUUUCACGAUCAAUGGUCAAACCAGAGAAUAUGUGACUCCCCAGAGAGGAAUUAGGCAGGGAGAUCCGUUGUCACCAUACCUGUUUCUCUUAUGUUCAGAAGGACUCUCUAGCUUACUCCACACAGCUACGGAGGAAAAAAGGAUAAUGGGUUUAAAAAUCAGUAGACUUGGUCCUACUGUGUCCCAUUUAUUUUUUGCUGAUGACUCGCUGAUAUUUUGCAAAGCCGACCCAAAGAAUGCAGCUGAAUUGAGAAGGAUUCUCCAGGUGUAUGAGAAGGGCACUGGACAGAUGGUUAACUUGGAGAAGUCUUCAGUUUUCUUUAGUAAAAAUGUGGAUCAGCAACUACAACUGGCUACUUCUCAAGCUCUAGGGGACAUUCAGAUUGUUAAUAAAGGGAGAUAUCUGGGGCUUCCAAUGGUAGUUACUCGAUCCAAACAUCAGUUAUUUGGGUACAUUAAGGAUAAUAUCCAACAUAGGCUACAAAGGUGGAAAAAUAAGUUGUUGAGUGCGGCUGGGAAAGAGGUAAUGCUUAAGGCAGUUGCUUAUGCCCUGCCAACUUACACUAUGUCAUGCUUCAAGAUCCCUAAAAGGAUGUGUAAGGAUAUAAACUCCAUCGUGGCAAAUUAUUGGUGGGGAGAGGCCAAUGGAAGAAACAAAAUGCAUUGGAGCUCUUGGAGUAACAUCUCGCGGGACAGGAAAUCUGGAGGACUAGGAUUCAAAGAUUUAGAGGCCUUUAAUAUAGCUUUACUAGGGAAGCAAGUGUGGAGAUUACUCACUCAACCAAACUUGCUUGUUAGUAAAGUGCUUAAAGCUCGAUAUUUUCCUAAGGAGUCCAUUUUCAACUGCAAGGUUCCUGCAAAUGCUUCGUGGAUCUGGAAAGGAUUGAUGGGGGCAAGGAAGUUUAUGGAGGGAGGAAUUCGGAGGAGGAUUGGGAAUGGGAAAAGUACCAAUAUAUGGGAUGAUUGCUGGAUUCCAGAUGCUCAUUUGGGCAAGGUGUCUUCACCUAAACCAAAGGAAACCGUGCUUCACAAGGUUCAUGACUUGAUACAUCAGCGAAAAUGGAUCCGACCCCUAAUAUUUGCGACUUUCAGCAAGCAGGAUGCAGAAAAAAUUUUGAAUAUCCCCAUCAGUUUAGGGGACAGAGAGGAUUGCCACUACUGGAUCCACGGAACUAAUGGCAUCUAUACUGUGGGGUCUGCAUAUAGGAAGCUAACUCAGGAAAAAAUGCACCACAAUAACCAAAGGGGAAGGGAGGAAGCUAGUACAAGCUGGAGCAACCAGAGCCAAGGAAUCUGGAAGUAUCUGUGGAAGCUCAAACUAUGCCACACAGGUCUGGAGGUUAGCUCCCAUCCAAUGGGAUGUAACUCUGGACCACCAAGAAAUGCAAGAGAGUUCGAUGGUAAGCAAAGGCAGCCAUGGAAAACGGUUCAGAAAGCUCAGGAAGAGUGGUUUGAAUUUAAGGAAGCUAAUGACAUACCAUCAACACGGAGUACAGAGGAAACAAGAACUCGACAGUCACAAGUGCAGCUACAAGAGCAAGGCCAUAAUUCAGUGACACUGAGACUAGCAAUACAGGUGCGAAAGGUCACUUCUCAACUUGGAAUUGGGAUCAUAUGCACUGGGAAUUUUCAACACCAGGCUCAAGGGUGGGCGCUACAUGAGAGAAGUUCUGGGAAUCAUCUCAUUGAUGAAUUAGAAGCUGUCAAAUUACUGCUCAGUAAAGCUGCUGUCUACCAGUUCGAGAAUAUUCAGGUGCAGUUGGACAACAAGCGAGUCUUUCAUCUAAUUCAGAAUGCCAAAACGCUGGACAUGCGCGUCACAACACUGCUAGAGGAUAUUCUCACUUUGAAGGCCUUGUUUCGAAUGUGCUCUUUUUGCCUAGUUGAUGGAGAUAAUAAUCAUUUAAGUAAUAGGAUUAGCGCUUAUGCGUUGAAUAUCAUUCAAGAUGAGGAAUUUGUGACUCCGUAG